GGAUGUGUUCGGUAUGCCAAUUAAGCUAAAAAAAGGCUGAAAUCUUUUAAAUUCAGUCAGUUAGGAUUAAAGUAGACCCGUUUGUUUGCAAGGCUGAAGCGGGCUUGCAAAUUCUUUGAUCGAGGCAGAGUUUGUUUUCCCCAUCGCCGCGCAGCCCAAGUUCUUUGCUCGAGGCAGAGUUUCAGUUUCAGUGAAGGUAUGUUAUUUUUACCUCCACCCUUCAUUCUGCAGUUCAUUCUCCCCUUUUCUCCCGUCACCCUGAAAAAUCCAUUGCACCACCAAAAUCUUAUAAAAUUAAAGGGCAACCUUUGGAUAUAUAGUUAUUGUACAGCUUGCGUAAUAGCCUUUCUUUUCUAUUAGCUAUAUUGACCACAUUCAGAGAAGGGGGAAAUCGUAAACGAAAAGAAUGAACUACAAAAAUAUAUGCCCAAGGAAGUCAAGUAUGUGUUCUAUGGUUGCUCGGUUCUAAAUAUGCUCCAAGUUCUUUACUGCUUUUUCCCUUACAUGUUUCUUUUAAAUAUGCCCCAAGUUCUUUACUGCUUUUUAUGCCAAGAUGAUGAGUCUACGAAGUGUUCAUUUAAAAUCCCAAGUUCUAGUUUUAAAUAUGCCCCAAGUUUCUAUACAAGAUAAUACGCCUACGAAGUGUUCGAUUAAAAUCCUUAGUGAAAUUGUGUUGUGAUCUAUUUGGAGUGUUUGAGCUGCUGCAUCUCAGUUUUAUUUUUCUAGACUCUUAACACUAUUCUUUACUGCUUUUUCCUUAAGAAGACAGUCUUGAGACCUUAAGUUUGAUGCAGGAGUAUGGUUUCCUUUGCUAAAACUGACUGAAAAAUAGUAAAAGAAUAAAGGUAGAUUGGUAGAAUGUAGAACUUUUUUUUCUAGGCAAAACUUUAAUUUAUGGUUCUUCUGAAUAGUGAAAACACUCCUCUCCUGCUGGAAGAGUUUUUCCCAUAUUUAUUCUCACUUUUGUAACAGAAUUUAAUGCACAACGCUAAAGUUUUUGUCAAAUUUAUCCUGCAAUCUCAACUUAAAGUUCUUUGAAAUUCACACCGUUGUAAUGAAAAUAUUUAAUUUUUUUCAUUUGCUAUAUUAUUGGUUGAGCCUUUCAGAUUUCAUCUAAGAAAGAUGAAGGGGGUUACUUUAUGUGGUCAGAUGAAACUGUUGCAAUUUUUAAUGAAAUAUGCAUCCAAUUCACUCUUAAGAAUGGGAGGGGACAACAGUUUAGGUGGAAGGAGAUGCAAGCUUUAUUUGAGGAGAGAACAAAAAAGAAAUGUUCUUUUAAAAGUUUGAAAAAUAAGUUUGACUUUAUGAAAAAAGAUUGGCGAUUGUGGAAGUCAUUGAAACGUGAUGAGACUGGAUUGGGUUGGAAUACGGCCAUUGGGACGCUGGAUUGUUUAGAUGAGUGGUGGAGUAAAAAAAUUAAGGAAAAGGUUGAAGUAAAGAAGUUCAAGAAUCAAGGAAUUCCAAAGAACAUUGAAGAGCAAUGGGAUCAAAUAUUUGGGGACUCUGUAGCAACUGGAGUUGAAUGCGUGACUCCAACUGCUACAAUUGUGGAGAACAACAAUCAAGAAAAUCAUCAAGACACCGUCAACUUGGAGGAUAACCGUGAUCCUUAUGAGGUGUAUAAGAGUUACCAUGACAAACUAGAUCUCGGUGAUUUUUUUCAAGACUUUGUGCAAGAGGCUAGUGGAAAUGUUCCUUCUGUUACUACAGUUACCACUGGUGAAGAUGCAAAGACCAGUGCCACUAGUAAGAAGCGCAAACUAAGGUGGUCUAUGGGAUCAGUGAAACUUAGUGAAAAUUUAGAGAGGGGGAAUACAUGUCUUCAAGCAAUUGAGCGUCUCUUGACAAAAACAGAAAAGGUUGUUGAUGAUUGUGCAAGUGUUGGUGAUAUCAUGGAAAUUAUGACUAGAAUGGCUAAUAAUGACGGGCUGGUGAGGGGUGGUGACUUAUGGUUUCACAGCAUUUGUAUUCUGGAGAAUCCUACUAGAAGACAAUUCUUCAUAAACUUUAAAGAUGACGAUGAAAGGCUCAACUGGUUGAAGUUUAUGCACGCAAAAGAAAUGUUUUAAAUACCAAGUCAUACAUUUAGGAUACAAAUUUAAUAUUUUAGAUUGCAUAUUUAAUUUUAAUUUUUAUAUGUUGAGACUUCAAAUUGAAGUGAUUUUAAUUUUUAUAUGUUGAGAC